UCCCUUCCGCCAGUCAUGGCCCUGCAGGUCGCCGGCGGCGCGGGCUGCUGCGGCUGCCUCCCGCUCCUCGGCCCGCGGCGGCGCGCCGCGGCGUUCCUGCCGCCCCGCGCGGUGGCGUCCGAUGGCGCCGCGGUGGAGGACGGCAGCAAGACCGUGCUGGGCGGGUCCGGCGUGGCGGUCACCAAGCUCGGCAUCGGGGCCUGGUCCUGGGGCGACACCACGUACUGGAACGACUUCCAGUGGGACGAUAGGAAACUCAAGGCAGCUAAGGGAGCAUUCGAUGCGAGCAUCGAUAGUGGAAUAACCUUCUUUGACACUGCAGAAGUAUAUGGUGCAGGGGUAUCAGGGGCGAUAAAUUCAGAAAGCUUGCUAGGAAGGUUUAUCAAGGAAAGGCAACAAAAAGAAGUGGUUGAGGUGGCCAUUGCAACAAAGUUUGCAGCUCUUCCAUGGAGGUUAGGCCGGGGAAGUGUUCUCUCUGCACUCAAGAGCUCACUUUCCCGCCUUGGAGUCUCCUCCGUCGAGUCAUACCAACUCCAUUGGCCAGGGAUAUGGGGAAACGAAGGUUACCUUGACGGCCUUGCUGAUGCUUAUGAGCAAGGUCUCGUAAAAUCCGUUGGAGUCUCAAACUACAGCGAGAAACGUCUGCGUGAUGCUUACAAGCGCCUCAAGGACAGGGGAGUUCCACUUGCUUCAAACCAAGUAAAUUACAGUCUGAUUUACAGGAACCCUGAGGAAAAUGGGGUGAAGGCAACGUGUGAUGAGCUUGGUAUUACUUUGAUUGCAUAUUCCCCAAUAGCCCAAGGUGCUUUGACAGGAAAAUACACACCAGCUAAUCCUCCAACUGGACCUCGUGGACGGAUAUACACUUCUGACUUCCUGUCCAAGCUCCAGCCACUUAUUAACAAGAUUAAGGAAAUUGGAGGAAGCUAUGACAAGACCUCAACUCAGGUGGUUCUGAACUGGCUGAUUUGCCAGGGCAACGUGGUGCCGAUCCCGGGGGCGAAGAAUGCAGAGCAGGCAAGUGAGUUUGCCGGCGCACUCGGGUGGAGCCUGACGGAUCAGGAGGUGGAAGAGCUACGGUCCCUGGCGCGCGAGGUCAAGCCCGUCAUGGGGUUCCCGGUCGAGAAGCUGUAAAAAAAUCUGCAGCUAGUUUGUUAGUAGGGAAACCCUCGUGAUACAAAAAUACAGUCAUCUUGACAUAGGAGUUGUAAUUUUGUGAGAAAUGAGGUCGACAUGUAAAAAAAAGUAAGACGUUUUUAGCAAGGAAUCAAAGUAUAUGUACAUAUCCACGCUCGUCGAUCCUGUAGGAAACAAGCUCGUCAACUGAGAUUUUCCUAUAUGCCUAAUUAAGUUAAGAGAGGUGCGAUUUUAGUUUACCAAAA